AUGAGAUUGAAGUCUGCAAGGAACAAAGAUCGCACUAGAAAUGGUGGCUCGUCGCACUUGGCUGCUGCCGCCGGUUCUCGCUGUCUGGCUGGCGGUGGCAUUGCUCGCGGCGGACGCGGCGGCGCCCUUGCACCUCGAGGCGCUGCUGGCGUUCAAGAAGGGCGUCACCGCCGACCCGCUGGGCGCGCUGUCCGACUGGACGGCGGGGGCCGGCGACGCCGUCCGCGGCGGGGUGCCGCGCCACUGCAACUGGACCGGCGUCGCCUGCGACGGCGCGGGCCGCGUCACGUCCAUCCAGCUGCUCCAGACCCAGCUCCAGGGCACGCUCACGCCGUUCCUCGGCAACAUCUCCACGCUCCAGCUCCUCGACCUCACCGAGAACGGCUUCACCGGCGCCAUCCCGCCGCAGCUCGGCCGCCUCGGCGAGCUCCAGCAGCUCAUCCUCACCGAGAACGGCUUCGCCGGCGGCAUCCCCCCGGAGCUCGGCGACCUGGGGAGCCUGCAACUCCUGGACCUCGGCAACAACUCCCUCAGCGGCGGCAUCCCGAGCCGCCUCUGCAACUGCUCGGCGAUGUGGGCGCUCGGCCUGAACACCAACAACCUCACCGGCCAAAUCCCGUCUUGCAUCGGCGAUCUCCACAAACUCCAGAUAUUCGAGGCCUUUAUGAACAAUCUCGACGGCGAGCUUCCGCCUUCAUUCGCCAAGCUCACGCAGAUGAAGUCGCUGGACCUCAGCGCCAACAACCUGUCCGGCUCGAUCCCGCCGGAGAUCGGGAACUUCUCGCACCUCUGGAUUCUUCAGCUGGUGGAAAACCGCUUCUCCGGACCAAUCCCGUCGGAGCUCGGCCGGUGUAAGAACCUCACCAGGCUCAACAUAUACAGCAACCGAUUCACCGGCGCCAUCCCUCGCGAGCUUGGGGAGCUCGUGAACCUGGAGGAGUUGCGCCUGUACCACAACGUGCUGUCGUCCGAGAUCCCGAGCUCGCUGGGGCGGUGCACGAAGCUAGUAUCGCUUGGGCUGUCCACGAACCAGCUGACCGGCUCGAUCCCGCCGGAGCUCGGCGAGCUCCGGUCGCUCCAGACGCUGACGCUCCAUGAUAACCGGCUCACCGGCACGGUUCCGACGUCUCUGACGAAUCUUGUCAACCUGACAUACCUGUCGCUCAGCAACAACUCCCUGUCUGGCCGGCUGCCGGAGAACAUCGGGGCGCUCCGGAAUCUCCGGAAGCUCAUCAUCCACAGCAACUCGCUGUCCGGCCCAAUUCCGGUGAGCAUAGCCAACUGCACGUUGCUGUCCAACGCGAGCAUGUCAUCAAACGAGUUGACAGGGCACCUGCCUGCUGGGCUUGGCCAGCUACAGGGCCUCGUGUUCUUUUCAGUGGGCAACAACUCGCUGAACGGAAGCAUACCGAAGGACCUGCUCGACUGCGUCAACCUCCGCACUCUGGUCCUAGCAAGCAACAACUUCACCGGUGGGCUGUGGUAGAAGUACAUGCUCUUUAAAUAGUUUGCAAAAGUUACAUGUUAAAUUUCACACGAACAAACAAUAUAACACAGACAUAAUUAUUUAAUAACUGAAGUCCAUUUUUGAAAGUAAACUGAUAACAUAAAGUAAAAUUAAUGACAUGUUAAUGUAACAAACUGAGUGAUGUUCCAACUAAACAUCUAUUAUAAAACUCUUAAUAUCUAAAUGAUGCGCUUUAAAAAAAUUCUUUCAUAAUAUUAGGAAAGUUGUCUUUAGCUUCAUUCCCACGAUGUUUUAGCAAGUAUAAUAAAAAUUGCUUCCUCAAUUCAUAUCCAUCCUGCACAAACAAUAUAUGUAGUUAGUAUGAAAAUUUCACGCUGAAGGUCUUAAAACAUGUAACAGACAAUACUCACCGCGCAAACCGACUUGACCAAUUCUUUACCAUUCCAUCAGAGCAUAAAAUGAAAAACAAAAUAGCCAGACACAUUCCUGCAAAACUUUAAAUUAAUAAUAUAAAGAAUAUAGUGAUAACAAAAAUAAAUGUUUAUGUUAUGAAUUCAUUACCCGUCGAUACUCGUUGGAAUACCAAACGGAAAUAAACGUUGCCAUUUAGAUAUAUCAGAAUUUCCAACCAGGUAGCUUUAUUUCGAGUGCUUCUUUGAAAUUCCCUGCAAAACUUUUUAAUUUCAGUUCAUGCCUUAAUUUUUUAUCCUCUGACGAUUGUGAUGUUUAAAUAGGAUCCAUAAUAUAUAGACGACGUGCCUCUUUGUCGAUGACAUAUACGAUGUAUCGGCCGAUGGAUGCAUAGGGAAGAUAAAUCUACAAGUGGAGCUAUUAGAAACAACAAUAAACCAUGAUAACAAUAGACAAAAUACUUUACUUAUCAUACUGCACGAUGAGAUGUUGUUUAGGCCAGCUAUCAAAUAAUGUUGCCAACGUACGGAUAGUUUCCUUC